CAGUCACGGCGGAUCGGGGGGGUGGCGGUGGAGGUGAAGUGUUGACAGCGGUUCAGAGGGCAACAACAGCAGCGGCUGCCGCGGAUGUCCGCCUCCGUGCAGGGAGAGGCCGUGAGUCGGGCGUUCAUGGAGAACUGAACCCGUCCUAACGAUGCUCGUUUCUCCGGUACCGCGGUACCUCCUCUGCGUGGGCCUCUGUGUCGGAUUGUGUGGAGCUGCACCCCGCAUCAUCAGUCCCGACGAUGCGCCGCCGAUCUCCACGGCGCCCCGAUCAGACUCCGGAGCCCAGGAGAGCCUGCGCACCGACCAGCCCGGUUCCGAUCCUGGGAGCAGGCUCUCGCCGGGAUCUUUAAGCGGACUCACAGGGACGGCUUCGAGUCCGGACCCGAAAUCAGCCAUAACCAGCAUCGUCGACCCCGAGGCCGGAAUAAUAAUCCCAGCCUCGAAGGAGCGGAGGAGGGACGGACGGACCGGAGCGCGCCGGAGAUCCGUGGAGGCUCAGGCGGCUCUGUUCAGCCCCUACAAGGCGCUGCAGACCGGAACCGGGCUGUCCAUGGUCUCCGAGCGCACCGCGAACGACGCCUGGGCUGCGGACAACGGCGGGGCCCCCGUCACCGCGGCGCAGAGCAGCCAAGAGCGCACGUGUAACUGCAGCAACGGCAGCGAGGGCAUCUCUGACCCGGAGGACUGCGACCCCAGCACGGGUCAAUGUUCCUGCCUGAGCGUCGACACUGGCCUGCAGUGCGAGGACUGCGAAGAGGGCUUCUUCACCAACGGCACCAGCGGCUGCCUGGCCUGCAACUGCGACUCCAUCGGUGCAGUGACUCACCUCUGUGACAGCUCUGGGAUGUGCGAGUGUAAAACGGGGGUGUACGGUCCAAAGUGCGAUGAUUGCCACCCGGGGUUCUUCCGUUUCAGCAGCACAGGCUGUCAGCCCUGUCAGUGCAACAACCACACCAACAACUGCCACCCACAGUCAGGUUGGUGUCUGCUCUGUGAGGGAAACACCCAAGGGCCUAACUGUGAGGACUGCAGGCCCGGUUUCUACCGCCGGCCCGGUGCCGCCCUGAGUGAAGCCUGCUCUCCCUGCCCCUGCUCCAACUCCACCUCCAACGGCACCUGUCACAGCGACUCCAGCGGCUCCGCAGUGUGUGAUGCCUGCCUCCCCCCUUACAGUGGCCCUCACUGCGACAGGUGCAGCGCUGGCUUCUACAAUAAUUCUAGGACGUGUGUCCCGUGUAACUGCAGCGGCAACGCUGACCCCCGGGGGCCAGCCCAGGUCUGCGACCCCGACACCGGUCGCUGUCUUCGCUGCAGCAACGGCACCACCGGAUCCCACUGCCAAUUCUGUGCGCCUGGAUGGGAGGGGGACGCCCUGACGCACAGCUGCACCCAUUCAGUUCUGCCCCUCCUCCCCACCCCAUCAAUCACAGCCGAAGUCCCUACUGCCGGCGCCACUUCUCCCUCCCCUACUAUCAUCCCCACCACAGACAGAGCCGUCCCAGACUCCAGGUCAGGCGGCGACACCAGCACCACCCCCCAGGCCCUCCUGACCAGCCUGAGGAGCCCCGCUGACAACACCACCGCCGCGCUGACAGAGGUGUCCUGGACACAGUUCAACAUCAUCAUCCUGGCCGUCAUCAUCCUGGUGGUCCUGCUGCUGCUUGGCUUUGUGGGGGGGGUGUACACCUAUCGGGAGUACCAGAACCGCAAGCUCAACGCCCCCUUCUGGACCAUUGAGCUGAAGGAGGACAACAUCAGCUUCAGCAGCUACCAUGACAGCAUCCCCAACGCCGACGUGUCCGGUCUCCUGGAGGACGAGGCCGCUGAGGUGGCCCCCAAUGGCCAGCUUGCUCUCACCACACAGGGAAACUGCUACAAGGCCUAGCCCCCACUGAGCCCAGAUCAGACCCAGGUGGAUUCCCCCAGGACCCAGAUCUGCUGGAUCAGAGCUGCUUGGCGGUCCGGCUGACAUUUGUCCUCCUCGUGUGAUUUCUGUCAAACUGUGACGAAAGAUCCAAAGAAGUGGGGCUGCUGAGCCUGCAGAGGGCGCUGCUGCUCAGAUCAUGGAGGCUCAGACUGGCUGGGACAUCUGACCUGUUCAGACUUUGGACACUCACUUUGAUCAGCUGAUCCUGAACUGAGACAAUGAUUGUUAUUUAAAUGAAUUUGUAUUCUGUUAUUUAUUAGGUUUCUGCAGAGAUGCUGCACAUGGAGCGUGUUUUCUCCCACGUCUGAUGAAUGAGCCAGUUUGCUUUCCAGUCCAGUUUGUUUGCUGGGGGGAGGGGGGGGGUCUUAGUGGACGCCUGCUGGCACAAGGGGUCGUGACAUCUCUGCUGCUUCCGGUCACUUGCUGUGUUUGCCGCAGCAGGUGGACCUCAGGAAGUCCCAUCCCCGUUAUAAAGGUGGUUAAGUCUAAUCUGCUCUCUGCUGCCUACCUCAGCACAACAAAGCGCUCUCAUCAAAGCUCAUACGGGUGUGGGGGGGUUAAGUGACUCUCAUGACGAGGCUCUGUUAUGUGCCGACGUUGUCAUGGAGCCUGAUGAGGCUUGGCAGAAGGGGCAGAAGUACAGAAUCCGGGGGCGGUUUUGGCUUUCUGUGUAUCAAUUGUGCCGCUACUUCCUGGGCGUGCUUCUUCCUAUUGUAGUGAAUGAUUGAAAUGGGUUGUCAUGAUUCCUCAGGUACUGUACCUCCCCCUGAUGUGACCACUGUAAAUAUUGUUCUGGUUGAUGUACAGGUGAAUGUGAAUAGCACCGUCAUUGUACUGUCAUUGGUUUGACUGUGUGUGUGCACCAUCACUCAGCAGACUGCAGGUCCUCCACCCUCUAGAGCAGGGGUGUCAAACUCAUUUUCACAGAGGGCCACAUCAGCAUAGCGGCUGUCCUCUAAGGGCCAGAUAUAACUUAUAGAUGUAACUAAAUGUAAUAAAAAAAUAAACGUUAAUGUUAAAUUACUCAUUUAUUUAUUCAUUAUAACUUUUUAAAGUGACAAUUACAGUUGCAUAGAAGACACAUGUUGGCUUGUUUCUCUAGCAUAAAUCCUUUUACAUUUGAUUCUUUCAGGUUAGGUUAUAUGGACAGUGUUUAAGUCCUAAUGUUUAGUUGCCCAAUCCGAUAUUUCAAGUCCAAACCCCCCUAGAUAUGAAUAAAUAACACCAAUUUUCAUUUUUUAUUUUAAGAGAUUAAAAACUUCUAACGCUCUCGCAGGCCACAUAAAAUGACACGGAGGGCCACAUUUGGCCCGCGGGCCUUGAGUUUGACACGUGCUCUAGAGGGUGGUGCUGCCCCCCCAGCGUUUUGCUUUUUUUUUUUCCUUUCUCAUUCUGUCAGAUCUGCAGCGCGAGAAAUUCACGUUUAUAACGACCACAACUCUGAGCUGCACUCCCCAAUAAAACCGGGUUGGACUCUU